AUGCCGGCACCACCAAUGCCGCCGCCUCACGGCAGCAAAGGUGGCAGCAGUAACGAUAACGACGACGACGACGACGGCCCCCCACCUCCCCCACCCCGUCACGAUUCAAAUGCAAAAACCACAUCAGGAACACCACCUAAACCUCCGACCCCACAACCCCGAAACCCAAAUCUACCGGAUACAUUAGAUGUAUUUGUCAUCCCUUCCGGUGGAGGGGUACUAUACCUACCGUCGUUAUCACCGCAUAGAAAUUCUUUUUUGUUUGGAGGGGCGACGACUGUAGGGCUUGAAUUGUUUUGGUACGGAUUGAGGUUAUUGGUACCCAAGAAGAUGGCGGGUUGGUGGGCGAGUUUGGUGAUUAGUUUGUUUGUUGCUGGGGUGGUAUUUUGGAUUGGUACUUGGGAAAUAUUUCGGGAGAAGGAAGAGGAGAGGGGGAAGAAAGAGGGCAAGGAGGGAAGCGGGGACGACGAGAAGGGGGAGGGGAGUACGGAUGGUUCUUCUGGUGGCGGUGGUGGCAGUGGCCCUGGUGGGAAUGGUGGUGGACCUCCUGGCGGCCCGUCUGGUGGAACACCUGGACCGAGAGGAGGAGGAGGGGGGCAUGGAGGGACUCCGAGGCAUAAUGGUCAUCCGAAGUCGCCGUCUGGGGGUCCUUCUUCAGGGUCCACGCCUAGUAGGUCACAGAGUUGGGCGAGUGGGUUUGUUCCUAGGAUGAGGCCCGAAGCACCCGGCGGUACCGCUAGACAAAGAGGCCCCGGAGCUACUGCAGCGCCGGAUAUGGGAUACGAAGAUGAAGAACCACAAGAGAAUCCAUUCGAAGCUGCAGAGGCGGAGUACAGACGAGCUGAAGAGGAGGAGGAGAUAAGGCUAGCGAGGGAGCAGAUCAAGAAGGAAAAGGAGGAACUUAGGAAGGAGAAAUUGGAAGCCGAGAGGUUACGACGUCAGGCUGAUGAAGCUACGGCUAGGCGGCGUGACGAGAUUAGGAAGGAAAGACUUGAAGCGGAACGGCUUAGGAAGGUGGCUGAGGAAGAAGCAGCACUGAAGAGAGACGAGCUUACGAAAGAGAGAGAAGAGGCGGCAAGGAUCAAAAAGGAAGCCGAAGAAGCCGCUGAGCUUAAGAAGCGACAGGCUGAUCAACAGGCCGAAAAGAAGCGACGAGAGGUUGAAGAAUUGGCAGAGAAGAAACGAAAAGAGGUGGAAGAACUAGCAGAAAAGAAACGUAAGGAGGUUGCAGAAGAACGCGAAAAGGAGGAAAGACGGAAAGCCGCUGAAGAGGAAGCACGAAGGCAGCGACUCAAGAGGGAAGAAAAAGAAAGGAGACGGAAGCUUCGUGAGGAAGAAGAGGCUGCUCGUCAACGACUCAAAGAUGAAGAGGAAACUCGCCGGAAAAAGCUACGUGAAGAAGAGCUAUCUCACAAACUCCGUCUCGCAGAUGAAAUGGCAAAGACUGAGGAAGAACGAUUCCGGAAGCUUGACAAAGAAGAAGAAUCACAUAAACGCCGUCUAGCGGAACAAAGCGCUAAAACGGAAGAAGAACGUAAGAGGCGCCUUAAGGAAGAUGAAGCCUUACGAAAACGCCGCCAGGCCGAAGACGCCGCUAAAGAAGAGGAGCGUCGGAAACUUCUCCAAGAAGAGGAAGAAGAGCGUCGGAAACAACUCCAGGAAGAAGAGGAAUCUCACCGACGUCGCUUAGCGGCUGAAGCUGUUAAGGAAGAGCAACGUCGCAAGCAACUUCAAGAGGAAGAAGAACUCCACCGCCGCCGAUUAGCAGCCGAUGCCGCCAAGGAAGAACAGCGUCGCAAGCAACUUCAAGCGGAAGAGCAAUCCCAACGCCUCAGAUUAGCUGCUGAAGCAGCCAAAGAAGAGGAACGCCGGAAACAGGAAGAGGAAUCGCACCGUCGCCGUCUAGCUGCAGAGAAGGCCCAGAAAGACGCCGAAGACCUUGCUAGGCGCAAGGCCGAAGAUGCGAUUCGCGAAGCAGCUCGUCUACAAGAACAAGAGAAAAGCAAACAGGCAGAGGAGAGUCUUCGCAAACUUCAGGAGGACCUACAGCGGAAAGCGGAAGUUCUUGAUAAGCGGAUCCAGGAGCAUGAAGCUAGAGACGAAAAGGCUCGCAAGGACGCCGAGAAGCAAGCCGCCGCCGAUGCCAAUGCUGCCCGUCGCAUACUAGAGGAAUCCAUCCGAAGAGAACGUGAACGGCUGAUCCAAGAAAAGGUCGCCCGUGACGCCGAACACACUCGUAAGAAGGAAGAAAUCCUAAAGAGAGAACAGGUAGAGUUCGAAGCUCGACGCGCUAGGGAAAACAAGGCCCGGGAAGCCGCUGAAAGAGAAAGGCUAGUUCGUGAACGACAACAAGCGGAGAUCGAACGAAAAGCACGGGAACGCCUAGAGCAAGAAGAAAUGGAGCAGAAACAGAGGGAGAAGGAAGAGCUUGAGCGGAUUGAGAAAGCAGACGCUGCGGACCGAGAGCGGUUACGUGUAGCAAUGCUUGAACGACUCGCUGAAGCUGAAAGAGCUCGUGAGAAGGUUGCAGCUGAAGCGUUGGCUGAGAAACAACGUCUUGAAGUCAUCCGGAAAGAAGAAGAGGCCAAAGAGAAACUUCGUCUUGAGAAUGAAAGACUCAAACAACAACUUGAGGCCGAGAAAGAACGCGAACGGCGUCGUCUGGAGGCUGAAAAGGAGAAGGAGAGGCAACGACUCGAGGCCGAAGAGACUGCUAGGUUAGAGCGAGAGCUCGUCGAGAAGGAAAAGGCCCGACUACAACAGAUUAAGGAGAGGGAAGAACGGGAUCGCCUGGCCAUGCUUGCUUCGCUCGAGCGUGAUCGUGAACGGGAGAGGAAGGCACGUGAAGCUCUUGAGCGCGAGAUUGCAGAGGCCGCUGCGAAAGAGAAGGAAGAACGGGAGAAGAGGGAGCGAGAAGAGGAAGAAGAGAGAGAGCGGCAGCGGAUCGAGAGCCUUCGUCGGGAACGUGAGAGGGACUGGUCUCAAAAGGAGCUUGAAAAGGAAGUCGUUCCUAUCAAGGUUGAGACAUGGGAAGGUCCUGCUCAGCCAGCUAGUAUCCCAGACGUCAGCACCAAGGAUGCUCCCUCGACACCUCAAGAGCCCCAUAUUAGUACUGAAGAUGCGAAAUCCCGCAAGGCCGGCAUCAAGCACCGCCAUAAGAAACACCACCACCGUCAUAACUCGGAACUUAGUAUUGACCCCGAGGAAUCUGGAUCUAGUGUUUCUAAGAGACCUAAGAGUCAAGCGCCGGAUUCCGUACCAGGAACACCUACUGUUCAUAGAACGAAAACAAAGAGGGCUCCCAAACCCGUGGAACGAGAUCCAAAACUUGAGUCAAAGCAAGCACAUGUUCAGGACGUUACAGAUAAUGAGUCGGACUACCAGCAUUUCUAUUCUAUCGACGGUCGAUCUGAAAUAGGCAGCCAGGUUUCCAGUACGUCUGGGGUGACCGCGAGAUCGAAAAUGUCUGGGAAGUCCACGGCUAGCAGUAACAGCAAUGCUUCUCGACAGAAGUACUCGACUUCUGACCCGAACAAGAUUGUACUCAAGGCUGUCUAUAUCUUUACCAACGAGCAUCCAAAGAAGCCCCAGGCUUCGUUGAUCGCUGGUGUUGGGGGGAAUAGCGAGGGUCUGGUACUCAAUAUAUCAACUGCUGGCCUCUUCAUUGACGACGAACUGAACAACUCCGCUCAAAGGGAAUGGGAUCAGAAGGCAUGGGCUAUCAAACAAAUUGAAGUUUAUUGCCCUCGUUGUAUACCGCCAUCUGGUCCUUCCGGUGCUCGAGCAGCUGCAAAACAGACCGUCAAGCAUCUUUUAUCCGGCUCGGCAGCGCCUACAGCUUCCGAACAGGAAAAAUAUCUCGACAGUCUCGGCGACGUCUGCAGAUCUCACUGUGCAAACAAGCUUCAAGCCAGCCGUGACCGGGAGGAUAGUACCGUCGCCGGUAAUGGUAAUCACUUUAUACGAGCGAACUUGGGUGACACAGAUGACAAGAAGGUCGUAUAUGUCUUUGCAGAGGAUGAAGGGUGGAAGGUUCCCAAUGGGCUCAUGAAGCUGAAGAAUAGUCCACAAGUAAGGCAGCUCGUCGUCAAUGGGAUGCAAGGUGGUGAGGCGAAGAGCGUUCUUACAAUGAUGGGAACAGCGGCAGCUUAG